AUGAAGAGAAUAAAUGAAAAAGGUAUAGCUGAUAUCAUUAAUGUAAGUGAUGUAAUGAUGAAAAGAAAUUUUGACUCAUUAUUUACAGAACCGAAAACAGAAUAUAGUCUUUAUGACGUAAUUACUGAAUUAAUGAAAAAGAUUAAUGAUAAUAAGAGUUCUGGCGGAAGAGUUGAAUUAGAGGUGAAUGAUGUUAAUGAGAAAUUAGAUAAUAAAGCAGAUAAAAACCAUGUUCAUUAUAUAAGUUCAGACGAACAGAUUAUAACGGACUAUCAUGGAUAUUUAACACAGGAUGAAGAAGUGAAAACAAAAGAUGUUAAUGAAAGAAGAUAUAAAUUCAUUCGUGCUAAAGGUUAUGACAUACACUGUACUGUACAGUAUGACACAGGUAAAGCACCAGAAGCAUUUGGUUAUAACAAUGAAAUUUAUGCUUCAUACUUCUUUGUUAACGGUGUAUUAGUUGAACCAAGAUUUACAUUGAGAGUUAAGGCAAAAAUAACUUUUGAAGAUGCUAUUAAAAGUAAAGCUGACAAAGAUGAACUUGACGCAACGAACAAAGUUUUGAAAUCUCAUAAACACAAUAUCUCCGAUAUAAAUGAACUUCAAGCUACAUUAAAUAGUAAAGCAGACAAGAACCAUACACAUAAAUCCUUCACUACUGUUAGAGCAGACGACAUAAUAUUGAACUAUACCCUUGGUUCAAGUGCACCUUUAGAGAAUCCAAGUACAAGCGUAAAAGAUACACUAAACUCCUUAAAUAGUAAAUGUAUGAACAUUGAAGGUCAUGUCAGAAACUUUGAAACACAUGAACUACCAGCAAUGUUAGAUAAAAAAGCAGAUAAAGAACAUACACAUAACUCCUUCUCAACUGUUGCUAUAGAAAGUAUUGAAGGAACGGUUGGCGGAACUGGUGGGGAUGCAUUAUAUUAUAAACCUCCUAACUUUCCACAAGGUUUAACAUCGAAUGAAAACAUAACAACGAAGAAAGAAAUUAGCUGUAAAAAUGUUUAUGUCAUGGAUGAUGAAAAUAAUGUUAAAUUCACUGCUCAAGAUUUAUAUGAUAAGAAAGCAGACAAAACAGAGCUUCAAACAUUAAAGACUGAAAUACUUCAAACAUUAUAUCCUGUUGGUUCUUUAUAUACAUCAAUGAACUCAACAAAUCCAGAAACAGUUUUAGGUUUUGGUACGUGGGAACAGAUUGUAGAUAAAUUCUUAUACUGUGCUAACUCUUCAAAGCAAACAGGAGGUUCGAAGAAAAUUACUGAAGCAAACAUACCUGCGCACACUCAUACAGGAACGACAAACUUUUCUGGCGACCAUAGUCACUCAUUAAGAGACCACCCAUUAUACAACUCAGAGUAUGAAGCUGGCCAUGACGUUUUAUCUCCAUCUUAUAACAAUGCAGCAAAAAAGAUUUUUCGACCAACUGAACCGGGAGGAAAUCAUGUCCAUACUUUCACAACAAAUCCAACAGGCUCGGGUGAAGAUUAUAUGCCACCAUUUGUGACUAUAUUCGCAUGGUACCGCGUUCAAUGA